CGCAACCAACUACUAAUUCCAACAUGCCCUUGAAUUUAUGAACUAACAAGGAUAUAUAGGACAGUAUAUAUAUUAUCUCUACUUUGAGAUUUUACACUAAAGCAUCAUUUGGUGGCUUGAUACGGGUAUCCCUCUCAACCAGACGGAACCGUCCAGCGUCGCCGGAGGGGAAGAGGAGCCGGAGGAGCGACAGGUCCCGGAUUUGAACUAUGAGACGGUGGAGCGUGGAAGGUCGUUGCCGAGGAAAAGGAGGGAACAGAGGAAGUCAGCCGGGAGAGCCAAGGCGCCGGUGAGGUUCGGGGACUACGUUCCCAAGUAGGGCGCAUGAAAGACCUCGUAGAUUAGGAUCUUUUAUUUUAUUUUCUAGACUUGUUUUUAUUAUUAUUUUUGAACAAUUGGGUCGAGCAAUUUAUAAGCUCUGUUCCUGGUUUUCUUUGUUGGUUCUUUCCCGGGCCGUAAGUCGAACCAACCCUAGGGUCCUUAGAUUAUAAAUAGGCGCUGAUUUCGCCUCCCGGGACUUCUACGUUCCCAAGUAUCAGAAAUUUCGCCUACUUCUUCUUGUUUAUUUUUCGUUCUUUGCAUACCCUAGUUGUCGACGGGAUUUCACCUCCCGGGACUUCUAAUCUUGAUCGCGGCAUCACGUUAGGGAGAUUAUCCUUAACAAAUUGGUGCUUUCACUAAACUCAUGGAACUUGUCACGUCUGAUGCCGUCCGUACUGAGGGGUUACCGGUGAGCCGGUUAUCCGCUCCACCGAUUAGCGUGGGGUUUCCGUCAGGGACGACCGUUCAGAGAACGGAUCCGGUGGCCAUGAUGUUUGAACAUAUACUGGCCUCUUUGGUGCGUUUCGAGACGCGGAUGGAUGAUUUUGAUCUCCGUUUGGUGCCACCCCGAUCGGACCAGGGUCAGACCUUCGGUCUUCCCUCGCAUUGGUUUAUCGACGCCAUGCCUCGUUCGGUUCCGCCGUCCAUUCCUACUCAGGCGGCUGUGACUACUAUCCCAAAUACGCUGGCUAUUCGUUCGGGGGCUCAGCCAUGGUUGCCAACGGAGACAUACGCUAGUUUUUCCCCUAUCAGUUCGUUGCCGCCCUUGCGCGAUAUCAGGUCAGGGGGAUGUUUUGGGGUCCGGCUCAGGGGCAGGGGCGGGUUUGUUGUCUUCAUGGGAGCCACCAGGGACCCGCCAGGGGUUCACUCUGCCGACGCUUCGUCAGCCUACAUCGUGGGAUAAUCCGGCGUGGCAUAAUCACGGGGGCCACCGAGCAUGGGACGAACCGCGAGAUGUGAAGAUGAAACCCCCGCGUUUCAAUGGGUCGGAUGCGGUGAAUUGGAUUGCGAGAAUUCAAUAUUAUUUUGAUCAUCUGAUGAUGCCUGAAGCGUAUCGUCUACAUUAUGUGGUCAUGCUUUUUGACAAUCAAGUAGCGGAAUGGGUGUUCAACUAUUGUGCCAGCAAUCCGGUUGUUCUCUGGGGUGAUUUUUUGGAAGAUGUGCGGCGCCGUUUUGAUCCGCAGUGUUUUGAGGAUUACCUUGGCUUGAUUGCAAAACUGGUUCAGACGGGUUCGCUGGCUGAGUACAAUGUGACUUUCGAAUCAAUGAGGAAUCGGAUCCCUAAUGUCCCUGAAUCCACGUUUUUACCUAUCUAUAUAGUAGGUCUUCAACAAUCGGUGCGGGGCCAGGUAAAACACCAAAAUCCGAGAUCAGUGGCGGCCGCGAUGGCUCUCGCGAUUGAGUUUGACGGUAGCAACGAGAAACCCAUACCCCCAUCCGGUCCCCAAUGCCGUCAGUGGCCGCCCAGGGAUCAGAAAGGAACGUCGUCGGCUGUCCCACAGCAGCAGCAUCAGUCCCAGCUGGCCACGAAGCCUGUUUACGCUAGGGCCCCUGAAUAUUCGAAGCUUCCAGUUAUCCACCUGACGCCAGCUCAGCGAGCAGAUCGCACACGCCGUGGGGUAUGUAUUUAUUGCGAGGAGAAGUGGAUAUCAUCUCAUGCUUGUAAGCGACCCUUCUUGGCUUAUAUGGGUGGCGAUGCUGAGGACGAGGCGGAGGAAACGGUUGUAUCUGAGGAUCCACCGGAACAACCUGAGGUGAUAACGGUAGAUCUUUCACACAUCUAUGCGCUAGACGGCAGGCAGCGGCCGGAGGCAAUAGAUCUGCGAGGCAUAAUCGAAGCAGAGCUGGUGGUCGUUCUCGUCGAUACAGACAGCUCUCAUGAUUUCUUGCAUCCCAGAAUCGCACAGAGGCUCGCGCUCCCGCUUACGGCGGUUAAGCCGUUUCGCGUGUAUGUUGGAAAUAGGGUGUUGUUGGUAUGUUCGCAUGUUAGCUUGCAAACUCGUGUGGUGAUCCAAUCGCACGUGUUUUUGAUCGAUUUGCACAUCCUUCCGAUUCAUGGUCCAGACGUCAUUAUAGGCUUGGCGUGGCUAAAAUCUAUGCGAUGCGUCACUAGUGAUUUUAUGAUGGGACUUUGGAGUUUGUGCGUAAUGGGGUGCCCAUUUGUUUGAAGGUAUCUCCACCAAUUGCACAGCAGGUUUCGCUCAAGACCGUUGCCAGCCUGUUGUCGUUGAGAGGGGAGGCCGAGAUGUUUGAGUUGGUAGCGGUUCCCGAAACAGAGGACCAUGAGACGGAUAACGCUCAGUCAUUAUUUCCGCCUCACCUAGAUCCAAUGAUUUUGUCGGUUUUGCGUUCGCACGAGGAUGUAUUUCACGCCCCGACGGGCAUUCCACCUGCCCGCCCGUUCGACCACCGCAUUCACCUACUUCCGAACUCAAAACCGAUUAAUGUGCGUCCAUACCGCUACCCAUAUUUCCAGAAGAAUGAAAUCGAACGCCAAGUGAAGGAGAUGUUAGCUUCGGGUGGCAUCCGGCCUAGCCAGAGCCCAUUUUCGUCUCCUGUUUUGCUUAUUCGGAAAAAAGGAUGGUACAUUUAGAUUCUAUAUUGACUACAGGGCUCUGAACACGGCGACAGUGCCUGAUCACUUCCCUAUACCUACCUCGGAUGAGUUGUUUGACGAGCUGGGGUCGGCGCGAUUUUUCACGAAAUUGGACCUACGCUCUGGGUACCAUCAGAUAAGGACGCACACGGAUAACGUUUUCAAAACGGCCUUUCGAACUCUCGACGGCCAUUUUGAGUUCCUUGUCAUGCCGUUCGGAUUAACUAAUGCUCCGUCCACAUUCCAAUCGGCCAUGAAUGCCAUUUUUAGACCACUGCUGCGCACCUUUGUUAUCGUUUUCUUCGAUGACAUCUUGGUAUAUAGUCCGACGCUGGAAUCUCAUGUGCGCCACCUGCACGAGUACCACAGUGGAUUAUUUGGGGCAUUUAAUUGCGGAGGGACACUUGAGGGCUGACCCGGAGAAAAUUGCUGCCAUGGUCGCGUUGCCUGUGCCGUCCUCUAUUAAACAGUUGAGAGGUUUUUUGGGACUUACAGGUUAUUAUCAGAGGUUUAUCGCGCAUUAUGCGACUCUUGCAGGCCCUUUCAUUGAACUAUUGAAGAAGGACGCUUUCGCCUGGUCCCCACGGCGGAGGGGAGUUUUCAGGCCCUCAAAGCAGCUAUGACAUCGGUGCCGGUAUUGCGGCUACCGGAUUUCUCCAAACAAUUUUAUAUUGAGACAGACGCGUCGGAUUUCGGGGUGGGCGCGAUCCUCCUUCAAGAGGGACGGCCUUUGGCCUACUUUAGCAAGAAAUUGGGGCCGCGACGUCGGGUGUCAUCCACAUAUCAUAAGGAGUUAUACGCCAUUGUCGAGGCGGUUCAGAAGUGGCGUCAGUACUUAUUGGGGCGCGAAUUUGUGAUCCGCAGUGAUCAAAAGAGUUUAAGGGAAUUAUUGCAACAGGUUAUUCAGACUCCGGAUCAGUAAUUCUAUGCCCGGAAGUUAAUGGGCUAUAAAUUUCGAAUUGAAUACAAGCCGGGGGCAUCGAACAAGGUCGCGGACGCGCUGUCACAUCGCGAUAUGUAACCUGACGGGGCUGAGACAGAGCGGGUGCAGGCUGAGACCGCGCUGCUGGCACUGGCGGCUCACCCGGUCCCGGAUAUUUUCGAGCUACUGCUGGCGGAAGUCGGGCGUUAAUUAAAAAGGGCGAGGCGGCCAGUCACUUGUCGUUUGUCGUGGCCCUGAUCUAUCACGGUCGUCGCAUUUAUGUGGGGGUCGAGUCAGCGGCGAAGUUACCUUUGAUCGCCGAGCAUCAUUCUACUCCGCAAGCUGGUCAUCCAGGAGUUGACAGGACGUUUCGACGAUUGGCUGCCCAAUUUAAUUAGAAGGGCAUGCGGAAAGAGGUGAAGGGGUUCGUGGAGGCCUGUGUGGAGUGUCAAACGACUAAGUAUUCGACACAAAAACCUGCAGGGUUGUUGUAGCCGUUACCUAUUCCUUCGCAGGUGUGGGAGGACGUAUCGAUGGACUUUGUGACGUGCCUUCCUCAGUCUCGGGGUUUUACUACAAUCAUGGUGGUGGUUGAUAGGUUGACCAAGUAUGCGCAUUUCGUGCCUCUACCGCCACAUUUCAAUCCUCUGCGUGUGGCGAACCUUUUCAUCGUAACGGUGGUGAAGCAUCUUGGUUUCCCAAAAACCUUGGUGUCGGACAGGGAUUCCGUGUUCCUAAAUGAUGUGUGGGAGGAUAUGCUGCGUCUGAGCGGUACCAAGCUGUAUUUCACGACUGCGUAUCACCCUUAAUCUGACGGUCAAACGGAGGUUCGGAAUCGUGGUCUGGAGCAGUAUUUAUGGGCGUUCAUGGCAGAUAAACCGAACAAAUAGGCGAAUUUUUUACCUUGGGCGGAGUUAUCCUUGAAUUGCUUUUUUCACGAGGGGCUAGGCACGUCGCCGUUCAAGGCCUUGUAUGGGCGGGAUCCUCCUCCAUUGGUGGUGGCUGAACCGUCGCAGUCUACUCCUUCCGAUGUAGCGUCGCUGAUCAGACAGCAGGGCGAAUUGAUUGUAUCCUUGCGUGCUAAUCUAGAAAGGGCGCAGCAGCGUAUGCACGAGGCAGCAAAUAAGCAUCGGCGACAUGUUGAGUUUGAGGUGGGGGACGUGGUCCUGCUGAAACUGCAGCAGUAUCGCCAAUACUCGGUAGGAAAGCCUCUGUCUUCGAAGCUGGCGCUCAGGUUCUUUGGGCCGUAUGAGGUUUUGGAAUGAAUUGGUCAGGUUGCUUACCGCCUUAAGUUGCUUGAGGGCAGUCGCGUGCAUAACGUGUUCAUGUUAGUCUGCUUCGACCAUUUGUGCAAGCCGGGUCUUCGGGGACCGUGGAUUUACCACCUGUAUUCACACGGGGUCGUCCAGUUUCGCGACCUCUGAAGUGGGUAGGGAUCCGCACGGUAUGGCGAGAUGGAGCUACGGUGGAGGAGGCCUUGAUCCAAUGGGAUGAUGACAAGGGCGAAAAUCCGACGUGGGAGCCGUUGGUGGUUGUUCGCCGACGUUUUCCUGACCUCAUCCUUGAGGACAAGAAUGCUCUUAUCGGGGGGGAGUUGAUGCGGGUAUCCCUCUCAACCAGACGGAACCGUCCAGCGUCGCCGGAGGAGCGACAGGUCCCGGAUUUGAACUAUGAAACGGUGGAGCGUGGAAGGCCGUCGCAGAGGGAAAGGAGGGAACAGAGGAAGUCAGCCAGGAGAGCCAAGGCGCCGGUGAGGUUCGGGGACUACGUUCCCAUGUAGGGCGCAUGAAAGGCCUCAUAGAUUAGGAUUUUUUAUUUUAUUUUCUAGACUUGUUUUUAUUAUUAUUUUUGAACAAUUGGGUCGAACAAUUUAUAAGCUCCGUUCCGGGUUUUCUUUGUUGGUUCUUUACCGGGCCGUAAGUCGAACCAACCUUAGGGUCCUUAGAUUAUAAAUAGGCGCUGAAAUUAAUACAAAAGGUAUCAGAAAUUUCACCUCCCGGGACUUCUAAGCUUGAUCGCGGCA